AGAAAUUUAAUCAGAUGUGCGGUAAACUUAUAACAUGAUGGAUUGUUGAUUGUGUGCAAAAAGUUGAUUUUUUCUUUCUUUUUCCCUACAUUACUAAUAGUGUUACUAAGAUAAAGUUAAUUAAGCAACAUACAGAAAAAAAAUUGAAAACGUAACAUAAAAGCAAAUUUCAUUAACAAACCAAUAAGCUAAAUUUUGGCAUUUUUGUGUAAAAUAAAGUAAAGACAUAGCAAAGGUGACAAAAAGGUUAAUUAACGUUAAAAUAAAAAGAAACCUCUAACGAAUCGACCUAUAAGUGAAGUAUUAAAAAAAAGAAAACGUAAAAAAGGGGAGUGGAAGAAAAUUAAAUAAAAAAAAGUAGCAAUUCACUCACUAGCAGCAACUACAACGACGACUAAAUACAAGUGGAAAUUUUAAUUGUUUGAAGAAGAGAGUAGUGUGUUUGUGUGUGCAAAUUAGUUUUAUUUUAUAGUUGUUGUAUAGUAACAAAAUUUGCAAAACAAAAGCGUAAUUGUAAUAAAAUUUAUUAUAAUUGAAUAUUAUUUGUGGUUGUCGGCUGUAAGAGCAUAUAAAUAUUGAUUUAUCACUCACUCUCACCUCAACAACACACAUUAACUAUUUGAAAUGGCUCCUGCUUUAAGUAAAUUGCGCGAAAAUCAAAAUGCCAUAGUGGGCCUAACUGGCAUAUCGGCGGCUCUAUGGGUCAUAGCCUAUGGAAAAAUGAAUAGCAAACGCAGAAAACCUGGGUAUGAAGAAAAAAUCCAAUACACAAUAGCCGAAAAGAAGGAUAAGAAAUCCCCGAAAGCUCAUGUUAACGCCGUUUUCUUCAAACAAUUAAGAAAAUUAUUGCCAAUUUUAGUCCCUGGCUUUUGGAGUGUUGAAAGUGGUUUGCUAUUUUUGGUGGCAGCUGCACUUGUUGGCCGUUCCGUCAGUGAUAUUUGGAUGAUACAAAAUGCCACCGUUGUGGAAAGUACAAUUAUACACAUGAAUAAGGCCGGCUUUAGAACGGCUUUAAUGAAAUAUUUAGCAGCUUUACCAAUGAUUUCGGUGGUAACCAACAUUUUGAAAUGGAGUUUGGGUGAAUUAAAAUUAAGAUUUAGAACCAAUUUAACACAUCAUUUAUACAAUCAGUACCUGACUGGUUACACUUAUUACAAAAUGUCCAAUUUAGAUAAUAGAAUAGCCAAUGCUGAUCAAUUGUUGACAACAGAUAUUGAUAAGUUCUGUGAAAGUGCCACGGAUUUGUACUCGAAUAUCAGUAAACCUGUGUUGGAUAUAUUUAUUUAUGUUUAUCGUUUAACGGUCAAUUUGGGUGGCAAAACUCCUUCCAUUUUAAUGGUUUAUCUUUUGUUUGCUGGUGUUUUGCUAACACGCAUGCGUCGUCCUACUGGCCGUUUGACGGUUGAAGAACAAAAAUUAGAAGGUGAAUUCCGUUAUGUUAACAGUCGCUUAAUCACCAAUUCCGAGGAAGUGGCUUUCUAUCAAGGCAAUGCCCGCGAAAAACUUACUUUAUUGGCCAGUUAUUCCAAGUUACGUUCACAUUUGCGUAAAUUUUUGGAAUUCCGUGUUGGCAUGGGUAUUGUGGACAAUAUUGUGGGCAAAUAUUUUGCUUCUGUUGUUGGUUUCUAUGCUGUCUCAAUUCCAUUCUUUACACCAAAUCAUCCAUUGUUAUCGGGCGAAAAUCAGGGUCAACGUUUACAGGCCUACUAUACCUAUGGUAGAAUGUUGAUUAAGUUGGCAGAGGCUAUUGGUCGUUUGGUAUUAGCUGGCCGUGAAAUGACACGUUUAGCCGGUUUUACUGCUCGUAUGACCGAAUUAAUUAAGGUAUUGAAUGAUCUCAAUAAGGGCACCUACGAACGCACCAUGGUCAAUAAUGUCAACAGCAAACAGUCUGAUUUUGGUCCCGGCAAAGGUGAAAUGGUGUUUGUCGAUAAUAUUAUUAAAUUUGAAAAUGUACCAUUGGUAACACCAAAUGGUGAUGUUUUAGUCAAAGAUUUGACAUUUGAAGUCAAAUCUGGCACAAAUGUAUUAGUCUGUGGUCCAAAUGGCUGUGGUAAAUCUAGUUUAUUCCGUAUUUUGGGUGAAUUGUGGCCAACAUGGGGUGGUAAAGUGACCAAACCACUACGUGGCAAACUGUUCUACAUUCCCCAAAGACCUUACAUGACAUUGGGUUCAUUGAGAGAUCAGAUUAUUUAUCCUCAUACCCGUGAUGAUAUGCGUCGCAAUGGCAAAACCGAUGAAGAUCUUAUGCAAUAUUUGGACAUUGUACAACUCACAUAUUUGGAGCAACGCGAGAAUGGUCUGGAUGCCAUUGAGGAUUGGAUUGAUGUGUUGUCGGGCGGUGAAAAGCAGCGUAUUGCCAUGGCUCGUCUCUUCUAUCACAGCCCCCAAUUUGCCAUUUUGGAUGAGUGCACCAGUGCUGUGUCGGUCGAUGUCGAGGGUAAAAUGUACAGUUAUUGCCGUGAGGCUGGCAUUACUUUAUUCACCGUAUCACAUCGUAAAUCAUUGUGGGUUCACCAUGACUACUUUUUGCAAUUUGAUGGUCGUGGUAAUUACGAAUUCGGUCAUAUCGAUCAAGAUAAAGAACAAUUCGGUUCAUAAGCACAAUAUAAAUAAGAACAACAACAAUAAUAUUAUGAAAGUAUCCCAAAAAAAAACACCACCUGAUUGAUGUCACUUACAUAUAUGAUGCAUGUAGAUGAGAUGAUGUUGAUGGUCAAGAAGUGACUGAGUGAUGUAUUAGAUGAACGAAAAUAAUUGUUGUUGCUGUUUUAAUCCAACAACAACAUAUAUGACUAUCAUAUAGUGGCCAACAUAUUAUUUUUAUUACAAAAAUAGUAGUAUAUUAAUUAUAACAAAUUUCCAUUUUUUUAUUAUUAAUUUUAUAGCUUUUUUCUAUAAAAUGAUUUUUACUUUGGAUUAAAUAUUGUAGAUCGAUUUGUUAAUAUGGAUUUUGAAUUUUAUCAUAUAGACUUUUCCAAGACAGAACAUUAUUUGAAUCCAGUUUUAGGUAUUCCAAUGUAAUCUGUGAAAUAAAAGUAAUAAAAUUAUUUUAUUUCUCUUAAACUUCCUUUAUUCAGGGCCAGCCUUAAGCAAAACACGUACAUUCAUGCCUAAUACCCAUGGUAGUUCCUUUACAAAAUUUCGGUUACCUAUCUUGCAACUUCCUCUUCCUCCAUAUAAAGAAAAAGAAAAACUUUAUUUUACUCUUAAAUAGCUUUAUUAUGUUUACAUUUACAAUCUUGUAUAAUUGGUGCUGGUUGUAUUUAAGAAAUGAAAUAAAGUAAAUUUGCUAUUAAAUAUUAAAAAUUUAGUCUAAUCCUUUUCAUAUACUAGUAAUACAUACAAAAGUCCAUAGACUCCCAAAUGUAUGCACAAAUUAUUUGUCUAGCUUAAAUUGAAGAUUUAUUUAGACAUUUAAUUAAAAUCAGUUAUUUGCUUGCAAAAUUCAAAUUAUUAUUUUUUUUCUCAAAAUGUUAUAGAAAAUGUAUGUAUAUUUAAUAAAAAAAAACUAUUUGUACACUCUUAAAGAAAAACGAACAAUAAAUUAUGAAAUUAUGUAGUAGUAAAAACGAAAUAAUAAUAAUAUGAAUUUUUUUUUAAAUUUAAUUCAAGUUAUAAAUAAAAAAAAAAAAAUACUUUAACUUAUAGUUGUAUUGUAAUGUCUGUAUAUAUGUGUAUAUCAUCAUAUUUAUAUACAAAAAAUGUCUACUAAAAUAAUAAAUAUAAAAACAAAAUAAAGUCUAAUUUUUAAAACAAAAAA